UCCAUGAUCCGGACUCAGCAGUUGUGGCACAGCACCUGACAAACACUGUAUUCGUUGACAGAGCUUUGAUAGUCGUACCAUAUGCAGAAGUUCUUUUCCCUGGUUCAGCCUGAACUAUAUACCAGGCCCUGCUGAAAAUACCACCCAACAGUUUUCUUCUGCAGCUUAUCCAGUUUCUCUUAAGUGCCCUGUACAUAUUGUAUGUUUUAUGAUGAGAUGCAGUUUCUUAAUAUGUAUUACAGAAAUACUACUGGUAUUUGCAAAUAUGUAGUUUAAUUGUAUUAUUGAACUCUCAUUUUGGGGGCUUGGGCACAUUAACAGAUUAAUCCAUCUGAAUAGGGCUUUUGCUGUUGGAUAGAAUUUAAAUUGUCAAAUAUUUGUCGUAGGACCCUUAGAUUUUAUCUGAAUACACAGAUUAGGCUUUAAAAACAGACAUAUUUGUCACUUUUUUCUUAAGGAGUUCGGCUUCGUUAGCUUUCGAACUGACAUUAUAUAGCAGCAUUUUUGGUAUGGUUAGCAUGGCACUUGUUGGAUCAUAAAGCAUUUUACUGUACAGGUAAGGAAUGUGCCAUGUUGUUUUACUUAUUCUCUCUCUCACUCACACAUGCACACACAUACACAUUCUUUGUGUAUUCAGAGACCUCAAGCAUUCAUACUCAUUUUCAUGAGCCAGCAAAAGCCCUACGCUUGAUUCCAACAGAAUAUUUCCUUUACAUACUUUUCUUCUCUUAAUUUUUACAAAAUUUGUGUGGUAGGUGUAAAAGAAAAUCAUAGUAACUGUACCAUAUUAUUAACCCCUAAAUCAAACUUUUUUUGUCUUGUGUAUCUUGAUUUUUCUGUGUGCUUUAUAGUGAAGCAGCCGACACGAGUCGUUGUUCAUAAAACAGCUUUUGAAAGUUGAGAGCACACCCCUGGAGAACCGACUGUGCUUGCUUACGUUUGGUUCAUGACUUAAAAAUCGAGUACAGGUGAUGAAAUCUUGGCAGUGUUAACAAAAAAGUAGUGUGUAUUGUGCUAUUUUUUUUACUCUAGAAACUUAACCAUUUGUAGAGAAAAAGGAAACAAGUUUUCACACAUUGAAGUUUCAUUCUGACAUAAAAUUAAUGAUAAAUAAUCAUAGCAGUCAAGCUUUAUAUUUUAGCGAACAUAAGUACUGUUCAACAAACUCAGGUGGUGUAUCAGGGAGACAUUUUCUGGGUGUUUUUGUGUGUGUUCUGUACUGGAAAAGAAUGUCUUCUAAUGCAAGGAUGUUUCUCUGCAGGAGUUAUUCCUGAUGAGACUAAGGCUUUGUCUCUGUUGGCACCAGCUAAUGCAGUGGCAGGUCUUCUGCCUGGUGGUGGACUCCUGCCCACGCCUAACCCUCUUACACAGAUUGGCGCUGUUCCAUUGGCUGCUUUGGGAGCUCCUACUCUUGAUCCUGCCCUUGCUGCACUUGGGCUUCCUGGAGCAAAUCUGAACUCUCAGUCUCUUGCCGCAGAUCAGUUGCUGAAGCUUAUGAGUACUGUUGAUCCAAAGUUGAAUCAUGUAGCUGCUGGUCUUGUUUCACCAAGUCUAAAAUCUGACACCUCUAGUAAAGAAAUAGAGGAAGCUAUGAAAAGAGUACGAGAAGCACAGUCCCUGAUUUCUGCUGCUAUAGAGCCAGAUAAAAAGGAUGAAAAAAGAAGACAUUCAAGAUCAAGAUCACGUUCAAGAAGGAGGAGGACUCCCUCCUCUUCAAGGCACAGGCGAUCAAGAAGCAGAUCAAGAAGACGAUCCCAUUCUAAAUCAAGGAGUAGGCGACGAUCCAAAAGUCCAAGGCGGAGAAGGUCUCAUUCCAGAGAGAGAGGUAGACGGUCAAGGAGCACAUCAAAAAACAGAGACAAAAAGAAAGAAGACAAAGAAAAGAAACGUUCCAAAACACCACCAAAAAGCUACAGUACAGCCAGACGUUCUAGAAGUGCAAGCAGAGAAAGACGACGAAGACGAAGCAGGAGUGGAACAAGAUCUCCUAAAAAACCCAGGUCUCCUAAACGAAAAUUGUCACGGUCACCAUCCCCUAGGAGACACAAAAAGGAAAAGAAGAAAGAUAAAGACAAAGAAAGAAGCAGAGAUGAAAGGGAACGAUCAACAAGCAAGAAAAAGAAAAGUAAAGAUAAAGAAAAAGACCGAGAAAGAAAAUCAGAGAGUGAUAAAGAUGUAAAACAGGUUACUCGGGAUUACGAUGAAGAGGAACAGGGAUAUGACAGCGACAAAGAGAAAAAAGAGGAGAAGAAACCAACUGAAGCCAGUUCACCUAAAACAAAGGAAUGUUCUGUGGAGAAGGGAGCUGGUGAUGCACUAAGAGAAUCCAAAGUAAACGGGGAUGAUCAUCAUGAGGAAGACAUGGAUAUGAGUGACUGAGCGUUGCCGCUCUCGGACUGCAGCUGUACACAUGCAUCAGUGUCAUUCCUUUGUGUGAUUUCUUAAUGCUGUAUUUGUUCAUCUCAAACCUAGAUGUACACAGCUGAGUUUCAAAGGUUAUAAAGCUUCUGACAGUGGUAGUAUUGACAUCAGAAGGCUUUUUGAAAGUGGUAGUGGGUAAACAGUUCGUGUGGUGAAAGCUGAUUGAAGAACCAAGCAGUUUUACUAUUCUGGUGCUGCUUCUUAACAAAAGUGAAAAAGCUGCAUGCAUCUACAGCAGGCAUGGAUUGUUUAUGUUGUAUGAUCUCCCUAUUAUGUGAGUUCAUUUAGACUAUUUCUAAAAUUUGAUUCAUUGCCGAAAUAGCACCAUGUAGGGAAUGCACUGAUUGCAUGUUACUGUGGCAAGAAUAUCCUAAAUGUCAUUAAAAUCCUUCACCAUGAUGGAUCUACUUACGGUCUUGUUUAUCAACAUGAGAAAUUAAUAUUUUUAGAUUACAUCUGGAAAUGAGCAUUUGCGAUAAAUGAUCCUUUGAGCCUUAUGGCUAAAUUUUUGUGGCUUUUGUUUAACUUUGAGAGGUUGUAUAUGCACUAACCUUUUUUGAUGACUGAUUAGGGUUUAAUUACAGAAAUAAGAUUUGAAAGAAAAUUGUCUUUCGCAGUGGGUAAAUAGCGUAAUUUGAAGUAGAGUUGUAUAAUUUUUCGUUAGGUGUUUAGGGAUAUGAUAUUUUUUCCUAAAAUAAUUUAUUCCAUCUCUACAUCAGUGAAAGCUAUCCACCUGUUCAGAGUUCUGUAAAAUAAAGUUAACUGUUCUGAUUUGCAAAGUUUUAAACUCACUGUUGGAAAAAGGGGUAGUGCAUUUUAAAUUGAACUUCAUAUGCUUUUAAAAUAAGACAAAUCCACUUGAUAAUGUACUUUUAUUUGAUCUCAAGUUGUAUAAAACCAAUAAAUUUUGUGUUACUGUUAUUACAGUAGUGAUCAUAUGCAUACAGUGAUUUCAUGUUAUACAAAGUAGUUAGGCAACUUGUUCUUAGUUACACGAGUUGCAAGCUUCACUUUUGUGCAGCAGAUACAGAAGUAGGCUACAGUCUGUGCCAUGUUGAUGUACAGUUUCUGAAAUUGUUUUACAAGACUUUGAUAAUAAAACCCUUAAACUUAUGUUCAUGUUCCUGUAAAACUGUAUUUGUAUUUAUUUAUGCAAUUGAAUGUAUGACAUUUACCUCAGUCGUUUUACAAAUUUAACUUCUUUCUUUGUUUUAGUAAGAAGAUAAAAAUCCAUUACUAAGUAGUUGAUAGUCGCCAUUAUAAUUGUAAAAAUGAUUAAUUUUUAUCUAAAGCAGCCUUAGCUUAGACAACCUAAUUUCUUAUAUUUUGGGUGUAGGAAUCGGGUUGGAUAAUGCAAUGAACUUUAGGAUAUACAGUGAUCCCGCUAUAUCUAGAAAGUUUAUAUAUUUUCAGUGAAAUAUAAAUAUUUGCCUUUUCUGGAAUAGCAUAGAAGCUGUCAUGUAUCUACUGUAUAGUGCAAAAUAGCAUAUUUAUUCAUUAAAUGAGUUAAGUUUGGGUGGCUGGGAAUAAGGAAAAAUGAGACUUGGAAUUGUAGCUUCCUGGCUUUCUUCCAAGUUUUGACAAAAAAUUUUUUUUACCUUCAAAAUUCAAAUGCCAUAUAGAAAAGCAACGCUGUUUUUUACAGUUUGUAGUAACUUUUAGAAGAUUUUAUCAAAAGGAAUAUUUGUCUAUAGUGAGUUUAAUAAGUUCUAGCGCUGGCCCUAAUCACUGCAUUUUUUUAAAUCACAUGUUGAACACAGAUGACAUUUAAACUUAACACUUUUUAAUAGAUGAAAUUGAACGAUGUAACAUGGCCAUUUUUUCAAAGCAUUGACAAUUUCAUGUGGCAAUUUUCAUAUUUGGAAUCUUUCCUCGCUUGUCACCUCUGAAUCCAGACAUUCUCCCUUUUUUCAAGGACUGGGAAACUUGCUGGUUUUAAAGUAGUUCCACUGACUUAAGACAGUACAGUGACAGGAAUCUGUAGUAUUUCAGUGAACAUUUUCUAUACAAGGUAGUGUUGCACAAAGCCACAAGCCUUUUAAGAUAAGCAGUGAAUUCAAGUGAACACUGCCUCCACUCUGAGCUUUGUUCUGUAUGAAAUAAAAGUGGUUUUGUUAGAAAAA